CCUUUAAUUCAUUCCUCCCUUAUAAGGAUAGAUCUGUGCAAAAGUUGCAAUCUUUCAGUUUAUCUCCAGUAAUCCGACGCCGUUUUAUAGACUCAUCAAAUCUUCACCCUACACGUGGCAAAAGCCCACCUUCACCACCUUCAAGAAGACAGACUAAAGGCAGUAGUCCAAGUCAAAUGGUCACAUCUCUCUCCUCAAAGGAAAAGACAGAGGAUCCUCUGUUCUAGGAAAGGAGAGAAGUAGAGAUUUUCACUGAAAAAUAUCGUUAAUUUACAAUGAGAUCGGAGACGUUGACCUUGGUGUUCGUGAAUCUGGCGGGGAUUAUGGAGAGAGCAGAUGAGUCAUUGCUACCAGGCGUCUACAAGGAGGUUGGUGCGGCUCUACACACAGACCCAACUGGGUUGGGUUCACUGACUCUGUUUCGAUCCAUUGUUCAAUCUUCUUGCUACCCACUCGCGGCUUACCUUGCUGUGCAUCACAAUCGCGCCCAUGUCAUCGCUAUUGGUGCCUUUCUUUGGGCUGCAGCAACAUUUCUUGUCGCCGUCUCCUCUACCUUCUUCCAGGUGGCAGUUUCAAGAGGUUUGAAUGGGAUUGGUCUUGCCCUAGUCACACCUGCCAUUCAGUCCCUUGUUGCUGAUUCAACUGAUGAUAGCAACCGUGGUAUGGCUUUUGGAUGGCUACAACUAACAGGAAACCUCGGUUCCAUCCUUGGCGGGCUUUGUUCUGUGCUUAUCGCCUCAAAAUCUUUCAUGGGUAUUCCUGGUUGGAGAAUUGCUUUUCAUCUCGUUGGACUAGUUAGUGUAAUAGUUGGUCUUUUGGUCCGUCUCUUUGCUAAAGAUCCGCAUUUUUCUGAUAGUGAUUGUAGGACAAGAGAUAAAACUCUGCGGAAGCCAUUUUUAGAGGAAUUGAAGGACUUAAUGAUGGAAGCAAAAUCAGUUAUAAAUAUACCUUCUUUCCAAAUAAUUGUGGCACAAGGUGUCUCUGGAUCAUUUCCCUGGUCGGCUUUGUCAUUUGCCGCUAUGUGGUUAGAACUCAUUGGCUUCUCUCAUGAAAAGACAGCAUUUCUCAUGACUCUCUUUGUUAUUGCUGGCUCGCUUGGAGGUCUCUUUGGAGGAAGAAUGGGGGAUAUUCUUGCCAAACGCUUACCCAAUUCCGGGAGAAUAAUUUUGUCGCAAAUAAGCUCCGCUUCAGCCAUCCCUUUAGCUGCAAUUUUGCUUCUUGUACUACCGGAUGAUCCAUCGACAGCAUUCACUCAUGGUCUUUUCCUCUUCAUCAUGGGAUUUUGCAUAUCCUGGAAUGCUCCGGCUACAAAUAAUCCAAUAUUUGCAGAGAUAGUCCCAGAGAGGUCUCGAACAAGCAUCUAUGCGUUGGAUCGAUCCUUCGAGUCCAUACUAUCAUCAUUUGCUCCACCAGUUGUUGGCUUGUUGACUCAGCAUGUUUAUGGUUAUAAACCAGCUCCAAAGGGAGCGUCGGAUACUGUAGAGGUAGAAACUGAUAGAGAAAAUGCAGCAUCACUUGCAAAGGCGCUCUACACGGCAAUUGGAAUUCCAAUGGCAGUCUGUUGCUUUAUCUAUUCCUUCCUCUAUUGCACAUACCCAAGAGACAAGGAGCGAGCAAAGAUGCAGGCAUUAAUAGAAUCAGAAAUGCAACAGAUAGAGACAGAUAAUUACGUCCUUACAGAAGAAUACCUUGAAGCUCAUGUUUCAGAAUCAAAGGAGGUGAAUGGAGAGGAAAGAAAUACAAUUGAGUUGGAGUACGGAGGGGAAGAGAGCCAUGAUUUGGAUGAAAAUGAUGAGACGUAUCUACUAUCGCGCCAGCUGACAUCCUCAAACACGGCAGAAUGAUGAGAAAACUUGGCAGAAGCUUGAAGUUUGAAUUGGUUCCACUGGUGAAAAUGCAUCAUUGAAAGGGAUAUAUCAUAAAAAUAUAUAUGCUUUCAGAAUUGCUCUUGAUCAAUGGAUUUUUCUAUGUUUUUGCAGAGAUGAGUGGAUUUGACACGUUCUGUGACUUUGAAACUCGUUGGAAGUCUUUGUCCCACCUCAUUUGUUACUUCUUUUACGGUGUUCAUAUUUUUUUUUAAAAAGAAAUCUACAGUUGUUCAUCUUA